AUGCGGGACAACGACUGGACUCAGGAGGAGAUCUUUGACUGCACUGAUGGCUUGGUCAUACAAAGCUCAGGCGGCUCGAGGAGCGGUCUUUUUGUGGCUAUCGAGACAGCAUACAAUGGCCACCACAAGCUUCACCUCAGGCCAGAUGACAUCAUGCUGGCGAUUGCUCAGGGGGUCGGUGCGCACCUCUCUUACGGAGAGAAUGCUGAGAAGUACCGCCAGGUUUUUGUGGACCAUGAGGGGAAAGAGCAGAUUAAUGUUGACGCAAAAUUCUUCCUAACAGGUGAUUCCCGCUUCCUCUACUGGCCCUGCUGCGUCCAAGCCGUCGUCAACGAGCUGACUGAGCGCGUCAAGGGGGACACGUGUCAGCUCCUCUUGAACGACUUUUCAACGACUGACGCCGUUUCUCGAACGGCCAGCCAGGUCGUUCUGAUGGACACCAUGAAGCAUUAUUUUGAGUAUGGCUUCUCCUUUUCAUGCGGUAUCCCUGAGAUCGAGUUGCACGGCACGUUGGAUGAUUGGCAUACGCUAUUGGCUAGGGCACGUGCGCUGCGCGCGCUGGAGAUCGGCCUCGACUGGUGGCUGGACGUUCUGGAGCCGGUCCUCGAGAAGCUCAUUGAAACGUACUCGGGAAACGUGGACGAGGAUUGGUGGAGCCACGUAUUUACCCGGGAGGAGUUCAACGGUUCCGGCGGGGGGGUGUUCUUUGACGGGUGGUUCCAGGCAUUCUUUCCGUACACCGUGAAGGGAAAGCAGGCCCGCUUUGGACGCUUGGAUGCUGGGGACGUGCCGAGCGGGAUGGUUAAUUGUCCGUUCACAAUCAUUGAAAAUGGUCGUCAGACGGACAGCGAGCUCGUGGCCGGGAGCUUUGGCGCCCGGGUGACGGAGGACGGCGGGGUAGCGCCCUACAUCGGAUGGCUCGUGAAAAAGAAGGGAGAGGAGGAGGCUCCUUUCUAUGAUAUGGACGAGGCAUACGCUGCAGAGUUAGGAAAGUUGAAGUGA